UAAAUUAAACCUCGUUAAUCCAUCAAUCAAAUCAAUUUAGCCUCUCUAAAUUUUCUCUAUUUGCCCCAAAAGGCCCAAUUUCUCCUUCUUCCCCAUCUCCUCACUUUCCAAUUUUCCAAGUCACCCAUCAUUCGGAAAAAAAAACAAGAAUUUCAGAUUCAGAGCGCACUUCGCCUCUUCUUCUACUGUUAUUGUUCUCUCAAAAUUCUUGGGUUUUUUUUUUUUUCACUCAGAUCCUUCAUUUCUGGCCAAGGAAACAGAUACCCAAGCUUCUUGAUUGUGUAAAAAAGAUCGUUGUAACCAAAUAGAUCGGUUUGUGUUUGUGAAAUGGCUUCAACGGGGAACCCAAAUCAAACCAUCCCAUUUGAUGUGCAAAAAUUCUUCAAACCCACAGUUUCUAACCCAUCAAAUUCCAACUUUCAACAACAAAAUCUAUCUUCUUCGCCAUAUCCUACACCUUCUCCUUACCCUUCACCUUCUCCACCUUUCUUUCACCCACAGUAUCACCAAUUCUACAUGCCUCCUUCUUCUCCUACCCAUGCUAAUUACCAAGAUUCCAAAUCCCUUUCUUUCCCUUCACCCCCUCUUAGCCCUUACAAUGCUGGCACCCAAAUUCUUGCCCUUAUUAACUCUUCCCCUCAAAACCCUGAUUUCCCACCUCAAAAUCAACCCCCUAAACUGCAGCAACCGCCUCACGUUGAGUUUUUGGGUUCUGGGGGUCCCAAUGUAGGGCCUUCGAGGGUGCCGAGUUGUAAAUUGCCUAAAGGAAGGCGGUUAUCAGGCACUCAGGUGGGUUAUGAUAUUGACACGAGGCUGUCCGGGGAGGUUCAGCCUCAGCUCGAAGUUACUCCCAUAACCAAGUAUGGGUCUGAUCCUCAGCUGGUACUUGGAAGGCAGAUUGCUGUUAAUAAGUCUUACAUUUGUUAUGGGUUGAAAGGAGGCAGUAUUAGGAUUCUUAAUUUAAACACUGCAUUGAGGUCUUUGUUUCGUGGGCACACGCAGAGGAUCACAGACAUGGCCUUCUUUGCGGAGGAUGUUCAUCUUUUGGCUAGUGUGAGUCUAGAGGGAAGGAUAUUUGUUUGGAAGGUAUCUGAAGGUCCAGAUGAAGAAGAGAAACCGCAGAUUACAGGGAAGAUAGUUAUUGCUGUUCAGAUAUUAGGCGAUGAAGAAUAUGUAAAUCCACGUAUUUGUUGGCACCGGCACAAACAAGAAGUUUUGGUGGCUGGGAUUGGAAAACACAUUCUGAGAGUUGAUACCAUGAAAGUUGGGAAGAAUGAAGUCUUCUCAACUGAUGCACCUUCACCUCUCCAAUGUCCUAUAGACAAGUUGAUUGAUGGGAUUCAGUUGGUUGGUAAACAUGAUGGAGAAGUUACUGAUGUUUCAAUGUGUCAGUGGAUGAUUACCCGUUUAGUGUCUGCUUCUACAGAUGGCACGAUAAAGAUAUGGGAUGACCGCAAGUCAGUGCCACUAACAGUGUUGAGACCACAUGACGGCCAACCUGUUUAUUCAGCUACAUUCUUAACUGCUCCUCACCGACCAGAUCAUAUUAUACUCAUAACAGGGGGGCCCCUAAAUCAAGAAAUCAAAGUUUGGACAUCAGCAAGUGAAGAGGGUUGGCUUCUUCCAAGCAAUACUGAAAAAUGGACUUGCACCCAGACAUUGGAGUUGAAAAGUUCUGCUGAACCUCAAAUGGAAGAAGCAUUCUUCAAUCAAGUUGUUGCAUUAUCGCAAGCUGGCCUUCUCUUACUUGCAAAUGCUAAAAGAAAUGCUAUUUACGCUGUACACUUAGAAUAUGGUUCUUGUCCAUCUGCAUCACGCAUGGAUUACAUGGCAGAGUUCACUGUCACUAUGCCCAUAUUAAGUUUUACUGGGACAAGUGAUCCUCCUGAUGAACAUAUUGUUAAAAUAUAUUGUGUACAGACACAGGCUAUCCAGCAGUAUGCUUUGGAGUUAUGCCAGUGCAUCCCACCACCACUGGAAAAUAUUGGCUUGGAGAAGUCAGAUUCAAGCAUUUCUCGUGACGCUAUUAACACCGAAGGCUUUGAUACUUUCAAUCCAUCUGGAAAUAAACCUUCUGACUUGCCCCUUUAUACUUCAGUUCCCAAACCAAGUGCACGAGUAAGUAGCUCUGAAAAUUUAACUGCAGCGAGGUAUCCUUCAAGCCCCCAUUCUAUUGAGGCAAAUACUGCACAAGAGCUAAACACUUCGAAUAUUGAUCCCAAGCCUGCUUCUUCUGCUUUGGCUUCAACGGCAAGUGAUGCUGAUAUUGUAUGUGUUGCAUCACCACCAACAGUUCCUCCUAGUCCUAGGUUAUCUAGGAAACCCUCUGGUUUUCAUAACUAUGAGGAUUAUCCAGUUGACAGACAAAUGGACACUGUUCGAUCGAAUUUGUCUGGUCUGCAUUCAUCAGAAGAUGGUUCAAGGAAUGAUGACAAGAAAAUGGUAUCAGAUGACAAAUCUAGUGCAUAUACUCCGCCUAUCAUUUUCAAGCAUCCAACUCAUCUUGUGACCCCAUCUGAGAUAUUGAUGGCUGCAACAUCUUCUGAAACUACUAAUGUCAAUGAGGGAAAGAGUGAGGGCGAGGUGCACAUUCAGGAUGUGGUUGUCAAUAAUGAUGCACGCAAUGCUGAGUUGGAGGUAAAAGUGGUGGGUGAAGCAAGAUCAUCUCAGAACAAUGAAUUUGGUUCCCAUGGAGACUCCCAAAAUCGAAAUUUGGAAAAUAGAGAGAAAUUCUUUUGCUCCCAGGCUUCAGAUCUUGGUAUUCAGAUGUCGAGGGAGAGCAGUGCGAUAUCCAGGGAUGCUUACGUUGUUGAUGAAUCUCGGCAAGCGGAUGGUGUUGGUGCAUCAGGGUCGCAUGUGAAGCCUAAUAUUGCUGAGGAAGAAAUCAAUGAUUCCAGAAAGGAUCUUUCUGGAAAGGGUUUGGAAUCAGCCAUACCUUCUACAUAUCAACAAUCACCAACAUCAGGUGCAAAAGGGAAGAAGCAUAAAGGGAAAGGUUCUCAGGCAUCUGCUCACACUUCCCCUUCUUCAAGUGCUUUCAAUUCUGCAGAUUCUACCACUGAACCAGGAGCAAAUUCCAAUCUCCCCUCAGCUGCUGCUGCAUUUCCUCAAAUAGCGGCUAUGCAAGAUAUGCUUAAUCAGCUAAUUACUACACAAAAGGAAAUGCAGAAACAAAUGUCAAGUAUUGUCAACCAACCAGUUACAAAAGAAGGAAGAAGACUAGAGGCUGCUCUAGGACGGAGUAUUGAAAAAGCUCUUAAGGCCAAUACUGAUGCUCUAUGGGCUCGUUUUCAGGAAGAAAAUGCAAAAAAUGAGAAGCUGCUUCGAGAACAUACACACCAGAUAACUAGCUUGAUCACUAAUUUUAUGAACAAGGAUUUGGCAGUAAUGUUGGACAAAGUAGUCAAGAAGGAAUUAGCUGGAGUUGGACCAGCUGUUAUUCGUACCAUUACUCCAGCAAUAGAGAAAACCGUAACUUCAGUAAUCAAUGAGUCCUUCCAGAGAGGGGUCGGAGAUAAAGCAGUGAAUCAACUAGAGAAGUCUGUUAAUUCGAAACUCGAAGCUAUAGUUGCCAGGCAAAUUCAAGCCCAGUUUCAAACUUCUGGCAAGCAAGCACUCCAGGAGGCUUUGAGGACUAGUGUGGAAGCUCUAGUGGUCCCUGCUUUUGAGAUUUCAUGCAAAGCCCUGUUUGAGCAAGUAGAUUCUGCGUUUCAGAAAGGGAUGGUUGAGCAUACCAAUGCUGCUCAGCAACAGUUAGAGUCUGCAAGUUCUUCUUUGGCAAUUACUUUAAGGGAUGCCAUAAACUCCGCUUCAUCAAUUGCUAAAACCUUAAGUGGGGAAUUUGCUGAAGGGCAACGGAAACUUUUAGCAAUUGCAGCUGCUGGAGCUAACUCAAAUGCUGCAACUUCAUUUUCUUCCCAACUUAGCAAUGGACCUUUAGGUGGUCUUCAUGACAAGGUUGUUGUGCCCAUGGAUCCCACAAAAGAGCUAUCAAAGUUGUUAUCUGAAGGCAAAUACGAAGAAGCGUUCACAAUUGCGCUGCAAAGGAGUGACCUCUCUAUUGUUUCUUGGUUAUGUUCACAGGUUGAUCUACGUACGAUUCUGUCAACUGCACCUUUUCCUUUGAGCCAAGGAGUGCUGCUCUCCCUCUUGCAGCAGUUGGCAUGCGACAUCAACAAGGACACUCCACGAAAACUCACAUGGAUGGUGGACGUGGCCACAGCUAUCAACCCAGGUGACCAAAUGAUUGCGGUGCAUGUGCGACCAAUCUUUCAGGAAGUCUACAAGAGAGUGCAUGAAAUAAGUAGCUCGCCAUUGCUUACAGGUGCAGACCAUGCGAGUAUCCGUGCUCUCAUUUAUGUCAUCAACUAUGUUUUAAUGACUUGUAAAUGAAGAAAACACAUGAGGAUUUUGGGAGUCACAGUUAAGUUUGUACAAGUUUCUGGUUGUUUUCAUGUAAGGACCCUCUGCUCUGCUUUGCUUUGCAUUAUCAGGACAGUUGGGGAGAGGGGGUCCUGAUUUUGUUAUCCAUAGAUAUUUUGAAACUGUACGAAUUAAUGAAGUAUUUCUCAGAAAGAAAGGGAAACAAAACGUUAAGACAUUGAUUACA